AAAGCGCAUGCGUCCCGAUGAAUUUGAAAACCAUAUCUUCGAAACUCCCGCUAUUUAAAAACAAAUUAGGCAAUAUGCGUUUAUUUUCGGAAAGUUUAUGUAUUUAUUGUAUGUAUGCAACCAAGUACUUUUCGCACGCUAUUUGGGUAAAAAUAGGGCCGUUUUAAUGUUUAAUAUGCAGCAUCGAUGUGGGUGGAUAUAAGGGUCGCUUUGGACCUCCUAGUGGAUGGUGGUUUCGUUUCGGGCAAUGGUUUCGGGUAACAAUUUUCUCGGCACGGUUAAUUUUUUUACUUCACUGCACCCCCGGAGCGCCGCCCCUGGACAUCCUCUGUCAAUUUCAAAGGCAGUUAUUUUUCUGAACCCUAUACCCAAUACCGCAAAUGAAAACGUAAAAUUUUUUAGAACGUUUGAACUAUAUAGGUGCAUUAUUAGAAACUUUACGGAAGGUAAUGGUGGAUAAUCGUUUUUUGCGUGUAGCUUUAAAUGUAAUUUAAUCUAUGUUAACGAGAUAGCUACAACAAAUUUUUUAAACUCCUAGAGAAUGAAAUUUUUUACCAGGAUUAGUAGUAUCUUUAUGGGGUGGUUGCAGAUAAUAGGCCCAAAUAGUUUAGGAAUUGAUUACGCAGUAGCGUAUCAGUGUGAUAGGAAACGUGAUUAGGACUGCAAUAUAUAUAUAUCUAUCUACCUACCUACCUACCUACCUACUAACAUAUCUGAUACCUACUUUAUAUUAAUUUCUGGAGUUCUUAGUUGACUAGUAAGCAAACAAGAUCAAAGGUCAAGGAAUCUAUACAUUGUGUAACUAGUUUUUAAGAAAACAUGAUAGAUAUCUACCCUAUAUCACAGUUUUAAUCUGUGCCUAUAUAUCACCUCUAUACUCUAUCUAGUUUCCAGCUUCAAUUGUAAGAUAAAAAAUGGUGAGCAAUGUGAUUCUAAUUAUAUGUUAUGAGAUUAUAGCAAGCGUACAAAGUUUAACUACACAUGUCACGUUACCAAUCGGAGAAUUGUCUGGUUAUAUAAGUACAACAAGAAAUGGUAAAGAAUUUGUCGCGUUUGAGGGAGUACCUUAUGCCAAACCGCCGAUUGGUGCGUUACGAUUUGAAGAGCCGCAACCGGUAGAUCAAUGGGGAGGUGUGUUCAAAACAAAUGUGUUACACAAAUGUAUACAGUACAAUCAUUAUACACCUCCCGGUAAAGACAUGGUGCAAGGUGAAGAAGAUUGCUUAUAUCUGAAUAUAUACACACCAGAAUUAGAUAAAGCAUUGCGUGAUGUUAUUAUUUAUAUUCAUGGUGGUGCAUUCAUGUUUGGCAGUGGUGCUUCUUAUGGUCCUUAUACUAUAUUAGAUCAGAACAUUGUUUUUGUAACAGUAAAUUACAGACUUGGACCAUUGGGGUUUUUAAGUACAGAAGAUAAAGUUGUACCUGGUAAUAAUGGCUUAAAAGAUCAGAUACUAGCACUAAAAUGGGUGUCAGAUAAUAUCAAGUACUUUGGUGGAAACCCGUGUUCAAUAACGCUAACAGGAAUGUCUGCGGGAGGAGCUAGUGCACAGCUCCACUCAUUAUCUCCCUUAUCUAAGGGCUUAUUUCAUCGAGGUAUUUCUCAAAGCGGAACUGUUUUAAAUCCAUGGGUUUUAGUCGAGAAUUCCUUGGAAAAAACUAAAAAAAUUUCACUGAAUUUAAAUUGUACAAUUUCCACCACAAGGGAUAUGAUUGCAUGUUUGAAAGAAAGAAAGGCGUAUGAUAUUGUUGCUUCAGUUAACUUACUGAUGCCUUGGUUGUACAAUCCGAUUUCGCCAUUUGGAGUGGUUGUUGAUAAAUGGUCAACAAAACCAUUUUUGAAGGAACAUCCUUACAAAUUAUUAUUGGAAGGAAGAAUAAAUGACUUGCCUUGGAUCUUCUCAAAUGUCGCAUCAGAAGGGCUUUAUCCUGCAGCAGAUUUCAUAGCAAAAACUCAGUAUCUAGAAGAAAUUGAUCAAUUUUGGGAUGAUUUGAUACCGCACAUAUUAGACUUUAAUCAUACAGUAGAUAUAAAUGAUCGUUCUUCAGUUCUGACAAAAAUUAGAGAGUUUUAUUUCCAGAAUAUGAGUGUGUCGGAGGCUACAUACGGGAACUUAAUUAAGAUGGUGUCAGAUCGUUUGUUUAUUACUGAUAUUGAGCGUGCUGCGAAAUUGCAUUCGAUUUCAAUACAAUCUCCUGUUUACUACUAUUAUUUUUCAUACAGAGGAGCUCACAGUAAAUCCGAGCUACGAUCCCUCACCAACAAUGAUUAUGGAGCAUCUCAUGGUGAUGACACUGUUUAUGUCUUGUCGACUGAAGUAAACACACAUUCUACUCCGACGGACCAAAACAUGUCAAAAUUAUUAGUAAAUAUGUGGACAAGCUUCUCAUCAACAGGAAUUCCCAAAAUAAAUGAUGUGAUUUGGUUGCAAAUGUCAAAGAAAAGUUAUGUCGAUUCUAUUAACUAUUUACAUAUUUACAAUACAUCAUGCUUAGAAAUGAAAUCUAACGUGACACUUGGAAAUACACCUUUUUGGGAAAGUUUACCUUUACGUGAAAAUGAAAAAUUGAUGCGAUAGGAUUUCAAUAUAGACUAUAAUAGUAUAAUCAAAGGCGGUAGGUAAUCUAGGUAUGCAUUUAUGUUGUGUUAGCUACGAUUAAUUAGAUUACUUUGAAUAAUAUAAUGUACCUUACAUGACGAAUUUUAUCAGAAUAAUUUGUAAGUAGGAAAUAGAUGUGGCUUAGUUUAGUGAUAAAAAUUUGGUUAAACGUUUUGAUUUGAUUGGUAGAUUGUACUUAAAUAAA